AUGUUCGGCUCCAGUGGACUCGGGAUUGGAUUCGUGCAAAAGCAUGGAGUACUCAAAUACCCGUACCGUCUCAAUUUUUAUGACAAGCCUCCCUUCGAGGAUAUAACUCUCGACGAAUUUGAGACUUUCGCCAUUGACAGGCUAAGAAUAUUAUCUGAGAUUGAAGCUUCUCUUGUCCGGAACAGGACAUACGACGAAUUGAAGGCGAUAGUAAAAGCGCAGCAAGCAAAGUACUUGCCGCUGACUGCAACGCAAGAAAAGCUGGGACGAAACAAAGCAGUUGAGAGUGAGCGGCGGAAAGAUCAUAUUAGUCAUUUUGUCCUUCGACUUGCAUUCUGCCGAUCAGAGGAGUUGCGGAGGCGAUUCGUGAAAGCUGAAACAACACUUUUCCGCGUUCGUUAUGAGAUGGAUGAUAGUGAAGACAGGAAGGGCUUCCUCGAUUCGAGGGAAUUUGGAUGGCUGGUGCUCAGCAAGGAGGAGGAAAGGGACGAAUAUCUGAUGAAUGACUUAAGGAUAGUGAGUCCUGGAGAGACUUCGUGGUAUAAAGUUCGAUGGACACGAGUGCCAAACUUAGUAGAAAAGAGGCGUGUAGUUCUCAAGGGUGGUUGGGCUUACGUUCCCUCAAAGGACCAGUCUAGCAUCGUCUUCCAGGAGUUCGAAACAAGACUAGAAGCGGCACUCGAGCAAACGGCGAGAGCUUUACCACGAUUGGACGAGGACACACGCUUGAUGCCCAUCCUAGAGCAUCUUGGACAGGGUUUCCUUUCAGGAAUGAGUGUUGCGUCUGAAUAUACUUCGGCGGACAGCCUCGGUGAUGGAGAAGAGGUGAAGGCAGAGAUGAUCGAUGAGCUGGCGGAGAAGCACUGGCCUAUGUGCAUGCGUCAUUUACACGACUGCCUACGCAAGGACCGUCAUCUGAAGCACCACGGUCGGCUGCAGUACGGGCUGUUCUUGAAGGUUGUCGGCCUUUCAAUUGAAGAAGCCAUCGUGUUCUGGCGAAAGGCCUUCGGAGGAAGGAUCACCGAUGAUAAAUUCAACAAGGAGUACAAGUAUAACAUCCGCCAUUCGUACGGUCUAGAGGGAAAACGGACGAACUAUCCUGCCUACACAUGCCAGCGAAUUAUCACACAGAACCAACCGGGACCGCAGGAAUGCCAUGGGUGCCCGUAUCGACAUUUCUCCGCUGAUCGACUUCAGACUGCUCUUCUUGCAACGUACGGCCCACAAGGACUGACUGCAGCAGAUUUACCCGAGAUCAUGAGCGUCGUGAAGCAGGAGCAUUACCACGUUGCGUGUACGAAGGUAUUUGAAGUGACGCAUGGCGUGCCGCGUGGACAGGGCCUCGACGGGGAAAGCGUGAGCCAUCCCAAUAAGUAUGCAGCGAAGAGCAGGGAGUUGGAGAAGGCAAAAGCGGAAGCAUCUGGUGCCGUAAAGACGGAGGUAAAGGACGAGCAUGCCAUGGAACUGUAA